UCUAGGGCAAGAGAGUGGAACGAGGAGGAGCUAGAGAUGGGGCGCCCGCCUCAAGCCGCCGGCGUGCCGGUGUUUCGAUUUCUUCCACAGGAGGUCGCUCAAAUGGAGAGGGCGCUGGAAGCUAACAACAACAUAGCGUUGCCAAGGCCGGAAUGUGACGACCUCGCGGAGGCUUUCACCAAUACUCCAGAACGGGCUGGGCAACUUCCAAUAACAGGGAAACAGGUCUUGAAUUGGUUCCAGAACAGGAGGCACUCGCAAAAGGCGAAGAAAAUCCUCCAAAUGCAGCAGCAACAGCAGCACCAAGACAGCGGUAGAGGCUUUACUCCCUCGCCUUUGGCGAACGCCGCAAGUCCCAUGCAAUACAUGUACGCUCCGCCGCCAGAAGUCGAGAAAGAGAUGGACUUCGAAGCCAAAUCUUCUCGUGACGGUGCCUGGUAUGAUGUAUCAUUGUUUCUGGCACAUCGUAUAGAAGCCUCUGAGCACGAGGUCCGUGUUCGUUUUGUUGGGUUUGGAUCCGAGGAAGACGAAUGGGUGGACGUGAAGACAUCAGUCCGGCAGCGCUCUAUGCCGUGUGACGUUGUGGAGUGCAUGGUUGUCCUUCCGGGAGAUCUCAUCUUAUGCUUCCAGGAAGGAAACGAGCAAGCCUUGUACUACGAUGCCACGGUUCUGGACAUCCAGAGACGGAGGCACGACUUAAGAGGCUGCCGGUGUCGAUUUUGGGUCCGCUAUGAUCACGAUCAAUCAGAGGAAGUUGUGCCACUUAAAAAGAUUUGCAGACGGCCAGAGACGGAUUUACGAAUCCCCAGGAACAAACAGCACUAAAGAAGCGUGUGAAUAUUUUUGUACGGACGACAAUGAGAUUAGGGUUCUUGGGCUUUUUUCCCCAAA